AUGCACGAUCUGCGCAAGCAAGUACUCCUCGAGAGCGGCAAGACCCUGUCUAAAAAGGCAAAGGCCAAGCAAGCCAUGGGCUCUGCUGCCAGCUCAAAGCAAAAUUCGCCCAACGCCUCGAGGGCUGGCUCGAGAGUUGCCAGCCGCCAGGCUUCGGACGAUGAGGCUGACUUCAGUGACUCGACAACUCAGUUCAGGUAUGUUUCUACUUGA